AUGAAAUAAUCUUUAUAGUAGAAUAAAUUGAUUAUUAAAAUAAUGAUGAUAAAGAAUUAAAUAUACUAUUUUAUUUUGAUAAUACUUUUGAUUAAGCUAUUUAAUCAUUUUGUGGAAUUAAAGCCUGUUUAUUGCAGUUUAGAAACAUAUAAAACUAUAGAAGAUGAUAUUUAUUAAUUAGAUUAUGUGGAUUAGAAUGAUAUUUAAAGUAUAGUAGACAUAGAUGAUAAUUUAAUAUCUUAACAUGUAAUGAUGGAAUAACUUCUGUAAAUGAGAAUUGCGAUGAAGGAAAUCUAAUACUUUUUUGAUGGAUGUAUUUAUUGUAAUUAUUUAUUUGAAUUAUUAUAUUGA